CGUUCCUCGCGGCGGCGCUGGUGUCGAUCGCCCACUCUUCAAACCCUGUCACCAUCGCCGCCUUGCUGGUUGGCGAUUAUGAGAUUCCCAAGAAUGCAUCUCAAGCUGGUACGAACGUCGGGGACCAAACCGGCAUGACGGACAUGAUAUUGAAAAUCUACAA